CGAGGAUCCUUAUUCCCAUAUCACAUCACCCCCAUGACGCAUACUGAUACCAGUAAGUAGUCAGCUAACCUUUUGGCCUUCCUCCUUUGCCUUGUCUUUCAUCCAAAAUCACCGUCCGCUGUCAGAAGCUUUUACAUUUAUUUAUAUAAAGGAAACUCGAUCCUCACUCAAAAUCCAAAGGAAAGAUAACCCACAUCAAAUCUCAAUGGAGAUUAGUGCCCCAGUCCCCCAUGGCCCCUCCUCCUCUUUCUCAAGCCCCCGGGCCUACCUCCGAGCCCUGGCUGACACACCUACCCGCCUCGCUCGCCGGGCCAGUUCCGUCUCCACUUCCUACGACGAAAUGAGUGCCGUCCGAGCUCGCUCCGGGCCCCACAUGCAGAAGACGCUCCGCUGGUUCGACCUCGUCGGAUUGGGCCUCGGCGGGAUGGUCGGUGCUGGCGUCUUUGUCACCACCGGUCGUGCCAGUCGCCUCUACGCCGGCCCGGCUAUCGUCAUCUCCUACGCCAUUGCCGGAUUCUGCGCUCUUCUCUCCGCCUUCUGCUACACUGAGUUCGCCGUCGACAUGCCCGUUGCUGGCGGCGCCUUUAGCUACCUCCGCGUCACCUUCGGUGAAUUCGCGGCGUUUUUAACAGGAGCGAACCUGGUGAUGGACUACGUAAUGUCGAACGCCGCCGUCGCAAGGGGCUUCACCGCCUACAUGGGCUCUGCAAUAGGCGUCCCCGCCGCCAAAUGGAGGUUCACCGUCUCCGGACUCCCCAACGGAUUCGAUCAGAUCGACUUCGUUGCCGUCGUCGUCGUUUUAACCAUUACGCUCAUCAUCUGCUACAGUACGAAGGAGAGCUCUGUUUUGAACAUGGUGCUGACGGCGGUGCAUAUAAUCUUCAUCGCAUUUGUUAUAGUCGCUGGAUUCUGCAAAGGGGACUGGAACAACUUCACGCACCCGGCCGACCCGGCUCAGCCAUCCGGGUUUUUUCCUUACGGGGUUUCGGGCGUGUUCAAUGGGGCAAGUAUGGUUUACCUCAGCUACAUCGGGUACGACGCUGUAUCAACGAUGGCGGAAGAGGUGAAGAAUCCGGUUAAGGACAUCCCAAUCGGCGUGUCGGGCUCCGUCUUGCUCGUCACCGUCCUCUACUGCUUAAUGGCGGCGUCCAUGUCGAAGCUCCUCCCGUACGACGCGAUCGACCCGGAGGCUCCGUUUUCGGCGGCGUUCAGAGGGAAGUGGGAGUCGAACGUGAUCGGAGUGGGGGCAAGUUUUGGAAUUCUAACGUCACUGCUUGUAUCCAUGCUGGGCCAGGCGCGUUACAUGUGUGUCAUCGGACGGUCCAGGGUUGUCCCUGCUUGGUUCGCUAGGGUCCACCCUAAGACAUCCACGCCUGUCAACGCCUCCGCUUUUCUCGGAGGAGGUUUCUUCCGGGCGUUUCGAACUAAUUCUGUGGUGGGGUCCAUUUGAACCGUUUCCGUUUUCCACGGCCGACCGGCGGACCGUCCGUUUUGUUUUGGCUCAUCUUCUUUUGACCAAAAAAAGUUCUAGUAUCGACCGAGUGAUGAGUUGGCGGAUUUUAUAAGUAUAUUUGUCAGCAGCUGAUUGGUGGAGUUAGGCGUUAGGAUUAGUGGAGAGAUUUUUCCGUUACACGAGAUGGUAUAUCACGUAUCCUUAUAUAAAUAAUGUGAUAUAUGUGUGAAAAGAUUAAUAACUUAAAAGUUAAAUUUUUCACCAUUUAAAUAAAAACACAGUGUACUAUACGUGUUACUGUCCCAACUAAAAAUUUCCUUAGUGCGUGGCUGGUAAGAUGCACACGUAGGAAAUUAUCAGCUGUUGGUGUAGGGUUUAGUGAGUCCUCCUAUGGUUGGGAAUUGCGUGGCCCACUUAAACCCUAAAUACUUGUUGUUGCUAAUAAUAAAUAAUGAUGAUGUGAAAAAGGAUCCUACUUUUGUCCACCAGCGAAAAGUGUGAGAACUGCAGCUUCUUCUUCCUUCCUUCCUGUAAUCUGUGUGUUUAUCUAAAUAAGAUGUGAUGAGGAAAGAGGGAUGUCAAUGUGAGUCAUAUUCAUCCAUUGGGGAUUUGCGUAAGCUACCUCUGAAGUAGAUGUGACAAAUCAACUUGUUAACGGGUACUAGAUUCAUUUAGUUUGAUUUCAUCUUACACGAUUAUUAACACUAUAAAUUUCACUUUUAUAUUAUGGUGAUAUCAAUUAAACGGGUCUUAACGGGUAUCCGUUAACAACCCAAUGUGUUGAUUUGCCGCAUCUACCCGGUAAGACACUAUGAGUGUUUGAAUUGUUUGAUGUAUGCGAGAAAUUGAAAAAAUCAAGACAACUGUUAAAACAUAACAUCGAAGUAUCUCAUACUCUAGAACUCCAUAGAAUUUUUGUAUUUAUCGUCAUAAGUUCUCAUAACAUUGUUGUUUCGCUCUAUUCUAUUCAUCGUCUCAUAGCAUGUUUAAUCUUGUUGGUGGUGUUGGUGAUGAGGAUAUUUUGGUGACAUAUCAAUUGGUUACAGCCGCCUGCGAGCUGUGCGCAUGGGUGAAAUGGAAUUUGCUUUUGUCAACUUUAGUGCAAUGGGCGUAUCAGAUUUCUCUCCAUAAAUUUAUCCAUCUAUCUAUCUAUCUCGUGGUCGUAGUAUCAAUUUUCUUUUUUCAAUAUCUAAUAUAAAACAUGGUUGAUAGUUACCUUUGCAGCCAGGCUUUAUCAUGUUCAUGGGCAUUCUGACUUUAGCAUCAUCGUCAUCUCUUAUCUUUAUCUCUGUCGCUUUCGGGUUCGAUUUUUAAGUCGUUGGAGGAGAUUUUAAUGUUCAAGUUACGAGUGAGUCAAAUGGUCGAGAUUGGUCCAACCAUGCAUCUUCAAUUUUCACUAGAUAAAAAUCCCUGCAUAUGCACUCGCAGCCAUUGAUGGAAGACGACCUUUUAUUUUCUCUCAAUCUCACCUGUCAAACUUCGUAUAAAUGGCUAUCCCACUCAGCCCAGCAACUUGGCUCUCAUAUUCUUUGUCACAUUUAUGCUUUUGUUUUGUGGGUGCUCGUCUAAUCUUCAUCUCCCAUCACCUCUUUGUUUUUUUCGUCUUAAUCCCGAAAAUGAAAAAAAAUAAAAAAAUUAAAGUUACUGGCCUUAGAAAACAUGUUUUUCGUACUUAC